UGACCAAGCACUAAAGUAGAGAGUGGACUUAGUUUAUUUUGGUGAGCACCAGGACAGCUUUAUCUGGAAUGGAUCUUGUUCGACAAGCAAGGACGAUUCUCCUCUUGUUGGUUACAGCAUGUUUAUGGAGUCACUGGACAAGAUUGCAGAUCCUGUCGGCGUCGUCCGUCACCGACGAGAUUUCACUCACAGUCAAUGCAGGUAACUCCAAAAGACCUGAGCAAGUCAAGACCGGGGAAUCAUGUUCCGAUUUUUCCAAAAUUGGGUCGUUCCGUCGUGCGAACAUAUCCCUAACAGGAACUCUUGAUGGGACAAGAACGACAGCUGCACAAGAAGACGGGGCAAUGUGUGGAGCCGUCGCGUCUCGGUCAGCACUCGGCUUGUGGGGACAGCAUUUUGAUCACAUAUUGAAAGCAAGCAGGCUGCGCAAAGACCGAUUCUUUGUUCAGCACAACAUGAUGCUGGAAAUCCUGAAAAUGAUUUCUCCUCGGCUUCCCAUGUCGACACAAUCCACUCCACGAGAAUGGGAUCUCGUGGGGUCUGUCCUUCGCAAAGGAUGGAGACGGUACCAGUUUUUGCAGGACGAACAAUUACGCAAGAAUCAUAGCCACAACAGUAUGUUUAAGGAGCCGGACAUUGUGAACAUUGUGGUCUUGGGAGGAUCGGUAACGGAAGGGGUGAAUUGCUACGCAAUAAAGGGGAAUAACUUGGUCCGUUGCGCUUGGCCAGGGCGACUGGAACUCCUCAUAAAUCGCCUGGCAGGGGGCAAGCUCGUCAAAGUUCAUAAUUUGGCGAACGGUGGGACCAACACGUUGACCGGACAGGCCAUUUUGAAGUAUGACCUCCUUCCCGAGUUGACCAAACACCCAGAUAUACUCAUCAACGCUUAUUCGACCAAUGACAUGCAUAUUUCGACCAUGAGGUCCGCAGCGGGUGAAGAGACUAGUUUGCGUGACACAGUAUUUCGUAUGGCCCAAUCAUUUGCGAGACUCGUUAUGGAUCCAACGUCCUGCGGACGCCGUCCACUCCUUCUUUGGUUGGAUGACUAUGUCGGCAACGAGCAGCGCGAAAUAAAAGGCAUCACACAGCUUUCGCAAGAAAUCCAAGUGCUCUCGAACUAUUACGGCUUUUCGUUCAUAUCGUAUGCCAAUGUUGUUCGGGAUUGGAUUUAUGGAGACACUCAUGGGUCGCUUUUUUCACCAUCUUGGUAUACCAACGGAAGAUUUGUUCGUCAGAUCCAUCCCGGGCAAGUUAUGCAUUUAGCAACCUCCUGGAUCAUGGCGUACAAUUUACUAGAGUUGGCAACGGCAUACUGCACUACGGAGCUGUGGAACGACUCAGCAACAGCUAAUCCAUCUACUGACUUUCCUCAGCCUGUUCGGACUCCUGGUCAGGAAAAAUUGUUUGACUCGAUGCGCUACCAACCAAAACCGAACAGCCUACCCCCAUAUCUAACAGACCAUUUGAGCUUAACAAACGUGACAGAUGAAUGGAACAAAGCUGCACAAGUGAAAAAAACCAUAUGUCCUACUGAUAAUGAAGGCACAAGGUGCAUCUUCUCCUGGAUCAGCGGGGUCGAUCGAAAGGAAACUGUAAAUAGUAUACAAAGUGUGUUUUCGUCAAUUGUUAAGAUCCCCGGAGCCUGGGACGUUGGUGACGACACGGGUCGAAAAAAAUAUGGUUGGAAUACAUCGUUGAGAGGGUCACAGCUUCUUUUUGAAUUCACAGGAUUGAAUCAAACAGUCCAAACUGUUACUUUGUUUCCAAUGAAAAGCUACAGUGAGAAAUGGCGGGAAUCGACUGCUGUCGUUGAGUUCUUUGCAAAGCCAGACAGCCAUUUGGAUUGGGCCUAUCUGACAUCGUUGGUUGUACAAGGUUUCCACUUCAAAAACACCAGCGAAAUGUACACUAUUCCCGUCAAAAUGCCAACCGAGGUUGCAGUCAGAGCCGACUUUCGGGUAAGACUGACUCUCACCAACGGAACUACAUUUAAACUAAUGGGCCUUGCGGUUUGUAGCUAG